CUUCGUUGUUUUAUUUCUAAAAACAGUCUUCCAUAGGUAUCACGAUUAUUAACGAACGGCGCUAAUCGAAACGAGUCGAUCGUGCGAAUUUCGCGCUAGCGUUCCGGCGCGUUAUCUGGCAUGUAAGAGCGUCUAUCUAGAUGAUUAUCUAGAUACUCUCGAGGUCGCUUCGGAGUAGGCGAAAGAGACUGGCGAGCGCAGCGAGUGACUAGUGAGAGCGAGCAUGCCGUUCGCGUCGUAAGUGAGUGUCGUCGCUGCUGCCGCCGCCGCCGCCGCCGCCGUCGUCGUCGUCGUCGUCGUCGUCGUCGCCGCCGCCGCCGUGGUCCGCCGUCGGAUGGUACCGGUUUGAAGAGCGAGUCGCGUUUCAGGAACCAGCUUUUACGCGAAUCGUUCGAGUAGAGAAUCUCGCUCGGUCGUCGUCAGUGUGUCGCGUAACCUGUAAACUUUUAACAAGUUGCUUUUGGCUCUCGCCCCGUGUUCGUUUGACAGGCAAAAUUUACACGGAUCGGUCGAAGGAGACGCGCUUUUUCCUCGGCGGUGCGCUCUACCGAUUCCGUUUUCAUCGGAACAUCCUCUUCUUCCCGCGAGACGAGAACUCGUUCACGUGGCGGCGCGUUCAACUCCUCUCCCUUUUCCCUCCCGUUGUCUUCUCUCGCUCUCUUUCUCUCCUUUCCGCGAGUUCCGAGUCAGCCCGUUUGAUUCCCUGACUUUCCUCUCCAUCCGGUUCUCCCUUCGCCACCCACACCUUUGUGCGUCUCUCCGUCCUUCCACGUUCUUCCGUCGUCGCUGCCGCCGCCGCCGCCGCCGCCGCCGCCGUAAGUGUGUACGCGCGCGCGCGCGCGUUCACCGUUUUUCCGUCGCGCUCCGCUUCGUACUGCGAGUGUCUAUCGAGGGAACUCACGACGCUCGCUCGUUGGUAACUUUCGAGCGAAGCCCUCCGUAAAGCGGAAAGACGGGACGGAUUAGAAACCUUCGUCGUGUCAAAGUUGACGCAAUUAUGGCGCGUAAGGAGGAACGAUGGUGCUACUUUGAUGGUGCAAACGGACGUCGAAGGUCGACGUGGAUCUCCCUGCUAUUACUUGUCCUGUGCGCUCUCCUGGCCGGAUCCUUGGCGGUCGCCGAGCACGACGACUCUUACUACGGUUAUGCCGGAUGGAAUGGCAAGUCGCCGUUCGAUCAUUACAUUUCGAAUAUCAGACUGAUCGACGGUAAGAAUGUAGAGAGAGUACGUCGAGAGACACCUGAAAAAUCGGCAAUGACGACUGAAAAGGAAAUAUCUAAGAAUCAACCACCAGCACAGCCGCAACCACAGCAGCAGCAGCAGCAGCAGCAACCACAGCAGCAACAGGAGCAACCGAAGCAGCAGCAACCGCAGCAGCAACAGCAACCACAGCAGCAGCAGCAGCCGCAACAAGCAUCAGCAACACAACCGACGUCAAACACAACCAACGCAUCCGCCGACAUAACGUAUUCCACAGUUUAUUCGACCAGCGAAGCCACCACCACCACCUCCACUGUUCGAUUACCUGAUCCUAUUUCCAGCUCCAAGCCGGAUUCAAAGAAGAAGGCGUCGCAGACAGUAAAUCCUGCAACCGACACGGCAACACUACACAUAUGGACAAAUCGCACUCUGGCAAAUCGCAAUAUAACCGGUACCAGCAAGGAACAGCAGUCGGAAUCCUCGGCGGUGAAGGAUACAACAGAAGAUGUCAUGAAAUCCGACGACAGCGAUAUUUCCUUUAACAAAUUCUCCGACGUGACUAACUUCACGCUUACACAGAACAACAUCACUAAAACGAUGUACGACUCGCAUCAGUAUUACAACAGCACUUUUAUCGUCGACACCGAUAUCUGCAAAAAAUACUGGGUCGACAUGGACAAUCAUCCGGAUCUUAGAGUCAAUCAUCUACUUAGCCAGAGCCAUCGACGCGCCGCGACCGUUAAGUUGAAGUUUGAUUUCCCAUUCUACGGCUAUAAUGUGCGCAAUAUUACUAUCGCUACGGGAGGUUUUCUAUACACCGGUGACUACGUACACAGUUGGCUGGCCGCCACCCAGUACAUUGCACCGCUCAUGGCAAAUUUCGAUACCCGCCUGUCGAACGCCAGUUACGUCAAGUACGCUGACAAUGGUACGGCGUUUACGGUGGAAUGGGAGAAGGUUGUGCUACAGGACAGACCAAAAGCCGGCGCGUUCACUUUCCAAGUGACCUUGCAUCAAAACGGAGACAUCGUGUUCGUCUACUCAGUGAUACCGGUCCUGGUUGAAAAAAUCGCUGACACAAUGCAUCCCGUCAAAGUGGGCCUCAGUGAUGCCUACAUCAUGGACCGAACUGUGUUCUUCGUACGCCGGAAAACCAUCUACGAGUACCAUCGUGUCAACUUCAAUCGGCAGGAUAUAAUGAACUGCACGGUCAUUUACUUGAAAGCAUUACCCACAUGCCUCAAUUCCGAUAACUGCAUGGAUUGCUUGACAAAGGUGCCUGACUUCGAUUGUAAGUGGUGCUCGGAGCUGAACAAAUGCAGCACCGGCACGUCCCGACAGCGACAAGAGUGGUUGUCAAAGGAUUGCGACGUCCAUAACAUCAAGGAGAUAAACAAUUGUCCAGCGCAAAUUACAACUUACAGGGGUGAUCAAUAUGACCAUGAUGGCCACGUACAUCCAGAAGAGUCGAUCGCCACCAAUGAGAUGGGCGUAAAAAAAGAAUGGUCUGGCAAUACUUUGGAAAGUCCUAAUUCGAACAAGGUGAAUAUGGGCGUUUCAGGAAUAAUCGGUAUUCUCACAGUUAUCGCUUUAGUGGUAGGUCUCGCGGGUUGGGGUGUAUACGCUUAUCGUAACCCUCACAGCGCAUCGGGACAAAUGCUAAUAAGGUAUCGUCCGAGCCAAUGGAGCUGGCGAAGAGGCGAAGCCCGUUACACAGCCGCGACUAUUCACAUGUGAUGAAGUGUCAAUGGAGAUCCAGUCACAGUCAAUGCGAAACUGUCGAGUAAAUUUCCUAUUAAUUGUAGUCGAACAUGUCGAGUAAAUCUGCAAAAUGCGAUGCAGAAUGUCUACUCACGAUGACCGUUGCUCGUCAGGUUUGCACUCAAUCGCGUCAACACGAAAAAUCGCUUUUCUCAUGCAACGAAUUCCACGCGGAAUCGAUUAAUUGACAAGCGACCAUACAUUGAGAGAAU